AUGGACCUGAUAGGAAGUUUUCUAUUUAUACUAUUCCUCGGGAGAACAAUCGCAGCUUUCGAUCAGACCGUCCCCUUAGUUUUAGUGAGUGUUCUAGAAACGAUUAAGUAUCCACUCAAAGUGACUUUCAUGAGUUGCUGGCAGGAGUCGAGUAGGCUGCAGUUCUUCAACGCUCUCAACGAUCGCUAUUUAACGUUGUUUACCGGAGAUCACAUAAGUCACUUCGAAGAGGACAUCAACGAUCAUCAAAUGUUUCUCGUGGUAGAUUUAUGCUGUCCCAACACAGCCGAUCUGUUGAAGUCAGCUGGACAACUACUUUACAUGAAGUAUCGCUGGCUGGUGUUAGAUUCGGAGCUGCUUAAAAAGAAGCUUGAUGAGGAAAUCCAGACACGCCAGUACUUGGAUCAGCUUUCCGAACUACCUCUGCUGGUCAGUAGCGAAAUUAUACUCAUGAUUCGACGAGGACCGGAAGAUUUUGUUGUGAAUUACGUUUUCCGUACCGGAUAUGAUGAACCGUUGACGGUGGAAACGUUCGGAACUUGGACUAAUGGAAGCUUCACUGACCGUCGUGGCCUGGUGGUUACCUCCGUCAGGAGGUUAAAUCUUCGUGGACACAUGCUUCGUGCUUCGAUGGUUGUCACCAUUCCGGAAACGCUGCAUCAUCUAACGGAUUAUAAGUAAAAUUUUGAUAAUUUGUUCUACUAACACACAUUUACUCCUUAUUUUA